AUGGGAGCGACGGCCAGGUUCACCUGUCGCUUGUCGGAGACCGUUCAACAUUAUUCCCUUAACUGGUACAAACUGGGUGACGACAAGCAACCGAAAUUACUGGACCUUGGAAAAAGGAAGUAUAGCCCCACCAUGCUGAACGCGACGACCUUUGAAAUUAAAAUCUCGGACUUAGAGUUGAACGAUAGCGGGACCUACUUCUGUGGCCUCAUCUGCCCCUCGCUGAAGUUGACAGAAAGCAACAGAGCCAACCUCACAGUAACAGGUUUGAUACAAGUCGUUCUGGUGCUUUAUGGGUGCAAAUGGGUGAGAGAGUGGCAAAUGCGAUUCAUUGUCAGCAGGAGCAGAACUGAUGUAUGUUGGGGAAUGCAGAACAUUUAUUUAUUUUUCAAACAAAACUCGUGCACCGCUUCAUUGUAGGACGCAAAAACCUCAAAGCGGUUUACGGAAAAAACGAUGAAACAAUAAAAUCACCAGUAAGAAAAAUUUGCAACAAUAAUCUGAGAGUUGAAAGAACUACAGAUUAAACCUCAAAGCAACUUUUAAAACUGCUUGGUUGUUGUUGUUUAGUUGUUUAGUCAUGUCCAACUGGCUUACCUAAACAAAAAUGUUUUUACCGAAAAUUGUACCAUGGAAAUCAAUAAUCAAGGAUUUCCAAAAGGGUAGGUAAUACAGUGGUACCUCGGGUUACAUACGCUUCAGGUUACAGACUCCGCUAACCCAGAAAUAGUGCUUCAGGUUAAGAACUUUGCUUCAGGAUGAGAACAGAAAUCGUGCUUUGGCUGCGCGGCGGCAGCAGGAGGCCCCAUUGACUAAAGUGGUGCUUCAGGUUAAGAACAGUUUCAGGUUAAGAACGGACCUCCGGCAUGAAUUAAGUACUUAACCUGAGGUACCACUGUACCAAACUAAAAGAUUGAGUCAUCCUAUUUUCCCAUGGGGGUCUGAACUGACAGUGUCUGAUCAGGAAUGAGACCUUGGGGUCAUCGUGGAUAGCUCAGUGAAGAUGUACCUGCAGAUUCUUCCUAGCUUCCAAGUAGAUUCCAACUGGCUCAAUUUAUGGGCUUAUCCUAUAUAUUACAAAUAUAGGACAUGAAAAGAUGGAUCAUCAACGCGUCAACCUUGGUCAUUUUAAAGCACAGACAGGUUGAUGGCAAACGGGAGCAAUUAUUUUAGUGGCCUUGACUUCAUGCCUGAUCGCAGUCACAUAGACUCAGAAGUAAAUCAUAUUACCAUUAUUGGAACCAAGGCUGCUCCCAGACUGUCCCUGUUAUGUGGGUGAGAGUCAGCCCCACACUCUCUGCAAUGACUCUUGGAAAAGUGCUAAGCAUGAUCCUCUUAUUCUGGGUUGGCCUUGGGAUGGACCCAAAAUUUUGGAGCCAGUCAGUGACUUUGCUUUUCUGCUUCAAAACCUCAGAGAAACAACUUGAGGCUGGACUACCGUCGGAGGAGACGAAGCCUGGACUGCCGUCAGAGGAGAGGGAGGAUCACGGAGAGAUCCUCCUUGCUGUCAUCGGAGUUGGGCUGUUUCUGGUGCUCCCAGUUUUGUGUUACUACCUCUUUAACCUCAUCCAGAGAAGGCAAGGUGGGCAUCUCACCUGGUUGGCCCAAUUUCCUCUCUCCCGGGCAUCUUAUAUAAAAGGGGUCGCCAAUUCCCAAGAGACUGCGAUCUACUCUCAGAGUUAAAGACUGGCAGUGAUCUACCCCCUUUUUGGGGGUUUCAUGUUAAGAACGGAACUCCAGAAUGAAUUAAGUCUGUAACUAGCGCUACCACUGUAUUAAAAACACGUUAAAACAUCAAACAUUAAAAACUUCCCUAAACAGGGCUGCCUUCAGAUGUCUUCUAAGAGUCAGAUAGUUGUUUAUUUCCUUGACAUCUGAUGGGAGGACGUUCUCCAGGGCAGGGGCCACUACUGAGAAGGCCCUCUGCUUGGUUCCCUGUAACCUCACUUCUCGCAAUGAGGGAACCGCCAGAAGGCCCUCGGUGCUGGAUCUCAGUGUCCAGGCAGAACGGUGGGGGUGGAGACGCUCCUUCAGGUCUACUGGACCGAGGCCGUUUUGGGCUUUAAAGGUCAGCACCAACACUUGGAAUUGUGCUCGGAAACAUACUGGGAGCCAGUGUAGUUCUUUUAGGACUGGUGUUAUAUGGUCCUGGCAGCCGUUCCCAGUCACCAGUCUGGCAACCGUAUUCUGGAUGAGUUGUAGUUUCUGAGUCACCUUUAAAGGUAGCCCCAUGCUCAACGCAUGAAUUCUAACCGCUUGUAUCCUUUUGCAGAGGAAGAAAAACUGGAGAAUGAAAAUGCUCCCUUGGUAAGUUCCCUUUUGCCCGAAGAGCUUCGUUUGCUGUUGGCCCCUUCUGACUCUGGCACUUGGCUGAUGCAAUUCACACCACAUCCUGUUUGGCCCCCAAAGCUCUUUCGUACAGAUACGGGCCCAACCAGGCAGCUGUUCUGUUGCACAGGUAUUCUGCAACAUGUUUUAUUUGGACACAGACAUUAAAGCACAAUGAUACCACUUUACAUAGUCCUGGCUGCGCACUAAAAGGAUUCUGGGAAAUGCACUUUGUUAAGGGUGCUGAGAGCUGCUUGUUGUUGUUGUUUAGUUGUGACCCCCUGGACCAGAGCACGCCAGGCACUCCUGUCUUCCACUGCCUCCCGCAGUUUGGUCAAACUCAUGCUGGUAGCUUCGAGAACACUGUCCCACCAUCUCGUCCUCUGUCGUCCCCUUCUCCUUGCACCCUCCAUCUUUCCCAACAUUAGGGUCUCUUCCAGGGAGUCUUCUCUUCUCAUGAGGUGGCCAAAAUAUUGGAGCCUCAGCUUCAGGAUCUGUCCUUCCAGUGAGGACUCAGGGCUGAUUUCCUUAAGAAUGGAGAGGUUUGAUCUUCUUGCAGCCCAUGGGACUCUCAAGAGUCUCCUCCAGCACCAUAAUUCAAAAGCAUCCAUUCUUUGGCGAUCAGCCUUCUUUAUGGUCCAGCUCUCACUUCCAUACAUCACUCCUGGGAAAACCAUAGCUUUCACUAUACGGACCUUUGUCGGCAAGGUGAUGUCUCUGCUUUUUAAGAUGCUGUCUAGGUUUGUCAUUGCUUUUCUCCCAAGAAGCAGGCGUCUUUUAAUUUCGUGACUGCUGUCACCAUCUGCAAUGAUCAUGGAGCCCAAGAAAGUAAAAUCUCUCACUGCCUCCAUUUCUUCCCCUUCUAUUGGCCAGGAGGUGAUGGGCCCAGUGGCCAUGAUCUUCGUUUGUUUGAUGUUGAGCUUCAGACCAUAUUUUGCGCUCUCCUCUUUCACCCUCAUUAAGAGGUUCUUUAAUUCCUCCUCACUUUCUGCCAUCAAGGUUGUGUCAUCUGCAUAUCUGAGGUUGUUGAUAUUUCUUCGGGCAAUCUUAAUUCCGGUUUAGGAUUCAUCCAGCCCAGCCUUUUGCAUGAUGAAUUCUGCAUAUAAGUUAAAUAAGCAGGGAGACAAUAUACAGCCUUGUCGUAUUCCUUUCCCAAUUUUGAUCCAAUCAGUUGUUCCAUAGGAGCUGCUAGGAGAUCCCUAUUCCCCUCUGGGCGCGACGAUUCCCACAGCUCCCUGGAAUGUGGGAUUAAUUGUUAAAACCCCUCUGGGAGUUGUAGCUCCAUCAGAGGCAAAUUUGGGGGAGCACUGGGCGCACUGGCGGAGGAAGAGGGGGCAGGGGAGCAUACCACCUCCGGCACCAUCAGGGAAGGGGGUACCAUCGUGGCUGCCCCCCGACAUGCACCUCGCAUCCCCCCACCGCGCCGGGCUGCAUUCACAAAGUGGGUUUUUUGGGGGGAUCAAAGUUGUUGGGCAUUUUGGGGAAACAUCUCCCCCCCAAUUUUUGGGGGGGGCUUUUCAAAGUUUAUUUUGUAUUUGUUUUAAUUACCCUACUUGCCAUACACCUGGGGAUUUCCUGGACAUUUUGCCGAUUCAGUGUAAAUCUGCCUUGGCACCAUUUUCAAGUCCAAUUCCGCCCCGAUGUAUGGCAACCCUAAGUUUAUUCCAUUUUCCUGAUGCUUCCCUACCUGGUAAUUUCCACAUCAUAUUUUUUUGAGCUUUCACACGACACAGAAGCCAGUUAUGGAAACAGCAGAAUAUAGCGCAAUUUCCCCUGUUACCUGCUUCCAGAAAUAAAUCUGUUUGCAAAUAACACAGGAAUGAGUACAAAAAUUAUAGAAGUGGAUUUUACAUUGUGCCACAUCUCAAAUAUAUGGAUCCGUUGUUGCUUUGCAGAGGCGCUGUAGCUAGCAAAAGAGGAGCAAGAAAUAAACCAAAACAUUUAUUAUUUAAAAAGCAGGAAGUUUCAGGAUAUGCACAGAUUGGAAAUGAAGCAGUCUGACUGCCCUGAAAUGUUUGUUCUCAAAUGUUUUGGCUCCCGGAAGUGACUGUUCUGGUUUGUGAACGAUUUUUGGAAGCCGAACGUCCGAUGGGGCUUCCGGGGCUUCUGAUUGGCUGCAGGCGCUUCAGCCUGCAGCCAAUCAGAAGCCAUGCUUUGGUUUCCGAAGGUUUUGGAAGUCGAACGGACUUCCUGAACAGAUUCCGUUCAACUUCCAAGGUAUGACUGUAUCUUCCUGAGAUGCUCGUUUUUCUGUGCUUUUAGCCACACAACUUUCCACCGGCAGCUUGCAAGAUAAAACGCAGCUAAAACUGCCAAACAGAUCCACGUAGAAUUAUCGUUGUUGAAACACAGAUAAAACAAAACAAAAAAGCUUUUCAAACUAAUAUAAGCAAUUAAGUUGUGUGCCUGGGUUGGCCUGCCGAAAUAAAAAUGUUUUCAGCAGACAUUUGAAGCAGUAUAGGAGGGGCAGCUGCCUAAGGGGACACCUAGAUGCCAUCCAGACUAACCCUAGAAUCCUAUAACAAUAUUUUUGGGGAACUAGUGCAGAGGAUGGGUAGGAAUUUUAACCAAGCAUUUCACCAGGCCCCCUGCGUCCCUGAUCACCCAAGUCCAACUCAUUUCUAAUACUGAGGUCCGCCUAGGGUGAUAGAACACCCCAGAACCAGCUGCAGGUGACAAUGGUAUGACUCUCCUUAUUAUACCAAUGUCUCUGUACUGUUCCACUUCAGACUCUGCACAGGAGAGGGUUUAUCUGUCUGAAUGCUUCCGCAAAUAAAAAGCUCCUUGCAGGUGUAGUAAACUUUCACAUCGGGAGAACGAGAAUUUUUCCUCCCUGAUAUGCUAAUUUUCUGCCUGCGGGGUUUUUCCUGUUUAUAAGGGGAAGUACCUGCAGACACAGGGACGCGGGUGGCGCUGUGGGUUACACCACAGAGCCUAGGACUUGCCGAUCAGAAGGUUGGCGGUUCGAAUCCCCGCGAUGGGGUGAGCUCCCGUUGUUCGGUCCCUGCUCCUGCCAACCUAGCAGUUUGAAAGCACGUCAAAGUGCAAGUAGAAAAAUAGGUACCGCUCUGGCGGAAAGGUAAAUGGCAUUUCUGUGCGCUGCUCUGGUUCGCCAGAAGCAGCUUAGUCAUGCUGGCCACAUGACCCAGAAGCUGUACGCCGGCUCCCUCGGCCAGUAAAGCGAGAUGAGCACCCCAACCCCAGAGUCGGUCACGACUGGACCUAAUGGUCAGGGGUCCCUUUACCUUUACUUUACCUGCAGACGCAGCCGGGGCAAUUUGUGAACUCUGCCUAUCAUUCUUUUCCACAUGCUGCAGAACCAGGUGGCAAGAAUCCUGAGGUGGCCAAAUGGGCAGCCCCACUUCAAACCAUAGGAGGGGAAUGUGUUCUUUUGUCUACUCACCAGCCAGCAAUUUAAAACGCCACGCAAGUAGACAACUAGCGCAUCAGGGAGAAACAUUCCAGCAUGCUUCUUGCGGUACUGGUUUUCUACAUGCGGGGAGCUUUUUAAAUGCAAGUUGCCCAUCUGCCUAGCACCCUCUUUCUGGCAGCACACGGCCAGAGGCCACCGAGAGCUGACAAGCAGUGCAUGGAAGGACUAUUAUUCAGAAAUACAUUGCCUUUGAAUGUGGAGACUCCAUUUAAUGAUCCAUGCAUUUGUCAUAUUAAGAUCACAGGAAGAGGCUGCUGGAUCAGGCCAUCUUAAAGCUAGGGGUCAAAGUAAAAAAGACAAAUUCUCUUAAGUUUGGUGUGACUUCAUUGGUUUUGAAAAAGACAUGAACAGGCCUCCUUAAAGGUAAAGAGACCCCUGACCAUUAGGUCCAGUUGCAGACAACUCUGGGGUUGCAGCGCUCAUCUCACUUUAUUGGCCAAGGGAGCUGGCAUACAGCUUCCGGGUCAUGUGACCAGCAUGACUAAGCCGCUUCUGGCGAACCAGAGCAGCGCAUGGAAACGCCGUUUACCUUCCCGCCAGAGCGGUACCUAUUUAUCUACUUGAACUUCGUGCUUUUGAACUGCUAGGUUUGGCAGGAGCUGGGACCGAGCUCACCCCGUCAUGGGGAUUCAAACCGCCGACCUUCUGAUUGGCAAGUCCUAGGCUCUGUGGUUUAACCCACAGCGCCACCCGUGUCCCUCAGGCCUCCUUAGGUGUAUAUAAAUGGACAUGGUUAGUCCUUUGAGGCCACCCUAGUUGGUGGCUGUCACUGCAGAAGUGAGUUCCAUAGUUUCACUAUGUUCCUAGUACUGAGUAGCUUCUUAAAAAACAACAACAAAAAACUGGCAUUUUUUGGGGUAAAAUCUUUUUUUUAUUAAGUUUUACUUUACAAAUUUAAAUUCAAACAUUAAGCCUCAUCUUUCAGGAUUCCCUGAAUGCUUUGACUCCUCUCUGCCCUUCCAUGGUUACCAUUUUCCAUCUUUUUUCAACUGCUUCACUUAUUUUCUCUAUUUUUCUUAUAUAGUCCAUUUUUACCCUAAUUUCUAGUACAGUCAUACCUUGGGUUACAGCUGCUUCAGGUUGCGUUUUUCCGAGUUACACACCCGCCGAAACCUGGAAGUACCGGAACGGAUUACUUCCGGAUUACCCUGAAGUACCGGAACGGAUUACUUCCAGAUUACUUCCGGGUUUCGGCAGUCGCGCAUGCGCAGAAGCAUUAAAUCACGCUUUGCACAUGCGCAGAAGCGCUAAAUCGCAACCCACAUGUGCGCAGACAUGCCGCUGCAGGUUGCGAACGCUGCGGGUUGCAAAUGUGCAUCCCUCACGGAUCAUGUUCCCAACCCAAGUGUCCACUGUAUACUACAAGCAUUAUUCAAACCCUGCCAACGUUUUUCGUUGUUUACAGUGUUCUCUAAGAUGCGUUGUAAAAAAUUCCCCAUUGCUUCUUCAAGUUCUUCUCUUCCUGGUUUCUGAUUUUCCCAGUCCAUUUCGCCAUUCUGGUCCAUCAUCUUCAUCAGCCAUUCGCCUCUGGUCGGGACUUUAAUCUUCUUUCCGUCUCAAAACUGGCCUGUUUUUUAACCCUCCCUCUCUUGCUGUACCUGAAGGAAGAAGGCCCUCCCGCUGUGAGCGUUUUCACCGUGGAUUAUGGGGUGCUGGAAUUCCGGGCAGCGGACAACGCUCAGAGAGCCCCCCAAGAGCGCUUCGCUUCCGACCAGACUGAAUAUGCCACCAUCAUCUUCCCCCCGGAAAAGCCGGUCGCUGCCAAAGGAGGCAAAAAGACUAAGAAACCGAAGAACUGCCCCAGCAGAGCGGAGCCACACUGA